AUGCGCCAGACCGCCAAAGCGAAAGCUGAUCUGCUGGAGAAGUAUAGGGCCAAGCAGCAAGAGGCGGCCGAAGUCGAGGCCAAGCUCCUGCGCAUGCUCCAUGUCAGCGUCGACGCCGAGCCCAGCCUUGAUGGUGCCUUUGACGAUGUUUUUGACGAUGGUGAUGACGCCCACGACGACCAUCAGCACCAGGCGGACAAUGCGAUAGACAGCUCAGCCGGGCGUGUGCUGGUGGACAAGCGGGCGGAGAAGCGGUUGCGAGACAAACUCGCCCGGCACAACAAGAACCUGGCCGAUCUGCGGCGCAAGCUGGUGGAGGAGGACAAGCGCGAGCGGGCGCGUCGCCGCAAGGUGCGCGCCAAGCGCGGCGACGCCCUGGCACAGGAAGAGCUGUACAUGGAGGACUGGGAAACCAUCUUGACUCAUACCGGCGCGGAUGACGCCGAGCACUAUCUGGCCAGUGUGCACGAGCGGCGGUUGGAGCACGAGUUUCUGCUGCAGGCCGUGUCCGUCCGCAUGGCGGAGCUGGCCCAUCGCGAGGAGCAAGUGGUGGAAAAGCUCACUCACGCCCUCAAGCUGCAGUACAGGAAGAUCGCCCUGCGCUACCAUCCGGACAGGAGCGACAGCGAGUCGUCAACAGAGAUGUUCCAACUCCUGUCCAAGGCCUACGCCGUGGUCGGCGACACCCAGAAGAGGCGAGUUUACAACGAUAUGGGGAACCACACGCUCUACCUGUGCGUGCACGAGCAGGACAAGGACGAGCUGAGAAUGGCGGACAUCAGGGACGCUAAGAAAGCGAAGAAGAACGGCCAGCACGACGUGCUUCGUAUCACCAGCGGAGCGCCAGCCAAGAUGCGCUGCCCGACUGUCAAGUUCAUCCGCUCGCGCAUUCAUGACUACGAGGGCCACACGGCGCUGCACUGGGCGGCGGAGCUGGGCCUAUCGGAUGCCGUAUCGUGGUUGCUGCGCCAACCGGAUGUGGAUGUCGACAUCGAAGCCUACGACAACGCCCACACGCCGCUGCACGCCGCCGCGUCGCACGGCCACCUCCUCAUCGUCCAGAUGCUCUACCAAAAGGCCGACAAGUCGAAGAAUGUCCGCUAUGACGGUCAAGCCGAUGACGGUGCGGUGCUCUCGCCCGCAUUCCUCGCCUUGAUGAACGAACACUACGACGUCGCCAUGUGGCUGGUCCGGGCCGAAGAUAAGAGGCUCGGCAAGGAGUCAGAUCCGCAGGCGGUGCGCCAGCUCAAGGAGUCGCUCCUGCACCUGGCCGCCAUGCUGGACAGUGUGGAUGUGCUGCGCCUGCUCAUCGAAGGCGUCCACGGCGCGGAUGUCGACGCACGCGACAGCGAGGGCAACACGGCGCUGCACUUAGCCUACCAGGUGGGCAACGACGACGCGGUGGCCUACCUGCGGGACCGGGCCGGGUGUGACGCAGAGGCGGUCAACCACCGUGGCCUUACCCCCGCCCAGCUGACGCCCGGGCACGGCCACGACGAAAGCGAAGGUGACGAGGAAGACGAGCAGAGCGAAAGCGAAGAUAACGAAGCCGGAGAGGAAAGCGAAGACGAAUGCGAAAGCGAAAGCAAAGACUUGGAGCAAGGCCUCCCCGAAGAAGCCCAGGAGAACGCAGAGCAGGCGGUUCAGGAGGAAUGCUACCUGGAGAACCUUCCGCAGGAGAUCAUUCUUCGGGUUUUGGGUUUCACGUACGGGCGGGACGCCUGUGCGAUGCGGCAGACCUCGAGUUUCUUCCAGACGCUGGCGGAGGACAAUGUCCUGUGGCGCACCAUCUUCCUGCGCACGUUUCCCUUCUGCUUCGAGACGGCCCGCAGCCAAACCAACUGGCGCUCGGCUUUCGCCAAUCAAAUCGCGAUGAAGAGGAGGUGCGCCAUCUGCAGUCGGGUGGACCAACUGCGCGUGUGCUCGGGGUGCCGCCUGGUCCACUACUGCGGCCCCGAACACCAGAACUUGCAUUGGCGGGUGAGCCAUCGUGGGUCGUGCGAGGGUCCUUUCCGCCUUCUCUCCGGCGUCAAGCGCCUCGUAGCCGAAGAACGAUCCAAGGAACGCGUGCAAAAGGCGCUCAGCAUCUUUGGGCUGGUUGAGCUCUCCCUCAAGAACGACGCCCCCACCGCCAACCAGGAGGAAUGA